UAACGGCAGCCCGCGACAAGCGCUGGUACUGUUUAGUCUCAUGAUCUGCAGAGGCGUGCCGCCUGAUAAGUUCACUUUCCCGUUCGCCAUGAAACCUUGCUUGGCCUUAGCGCCGCCUUCGUCGGGGAAGGAGGUUUUUUCGCUCGCUGUCAAAGGUGGGUUUCCCGGGAUAUCUUCUUGCAGAAUACACUGAUGGAUCUCUUCUUCAAGUGCGGGGACCCCGAUCAUGGCGGCAAGGUGUUCGACAAAAUGCGUGUGAGAAACGUAGUAUCUGGAUUCUGGACCACCAUGAUUUCCGGGCUGGUGGCCUGCGGCGAACUGGAUGCUGCUAAUUUGGUGUUUGAGCAAAUGCCGGGGAGAAAUGUUGUCUCUUGGACCGCAAUUAUUAAUGGCUAUUCCAGAAAUCAAUGGCCCAAUGAGGCAUUUAUAUUGUUCAGGAGGAUACUGCAGGUUGAUAAUGUCAAGCCCAAUGAGUAUACACUGGUUAGCCUGUUGAUCGCCUGCACUGAACUCCGGAGCCUGAACUUGGGCCGCCGGAUUCAUGACUUCGCUUUCAAGAAUGGGUUUGAUUUAGGGGUUUUCCUGGGAACAGCUCUUAUUGAUAUGUACAGCAAAUGCGGAAGCUUGGAGGAUGCCAAGCGAGUUUUCGACAGCAUGGAUGUCAAGGGCACGGCUACCUGGAAUUCGAUUAUUACUAAUUUAAGAGUGCACGGGCGUGGAGAGGAAGCUCUAAAUCUAUUCGAGCAGAUGGAGGCAGCGAAUGUAGAGCCGGAUGCAGUCACGUUUGUGGGAGUGUUGUGUGCUUGUGUACGCACAAACAAUGUCACUGGUGCUUGCAGGUACUUCAAACGUAUGACUGAACGUUAUGGUAUCUGCCCCAAUGCGGACCCUAUAGUUGCAUGGUUGAACUCUGCAGCCAUGCCAACAUUCCAGAUGAAAUUGAGUUUGUAAACUCAUGCGGCUAAGGUGGGAGGGACAUUGGGCUGGUUUUCUGAUAACAAAACUGAUGCUCUGAACCAUCACAAUGAUAUAUUUACCACGAAUACAUGGAUGCAAACUUUCAUCUGGUAAAGAAGGAGGCUGCUGUUAACAUCAAGCCAGAGACUUAGGCUGUUUACAAGCAGAAGUUACCAGGUAUAUACAUAAACAAUUGUAAUUCAGCUGAUAAAUUUCCCCAGUUCUAACUCAUUAUUUAUGCUGUAACUAGUAACUUUUUUGAGUCUUGAAAGGCUUUUUAGGAAUCUAGCGAGUCUUCAUCAAUUAAGGUUCCCUAGUAUAUAGUGCAUGUUUUAAGGAUGAGAUAGAUGAGCAUAGGAAAAAAAAGGAAAACACUCUCUUUACCAAAUAAAGUGAUAGUUUAAUGGCAGGACACUUUCAAAAUAUCCCAUUUGAAGUUUGAAUUUGUAGGUUCAAUUCCUAACUUCGCGAAUGCUUAUACAAAGGUUGUCUAAUGCUACAUAAUCCACGGGUUAAGUGGAGGGAUCAAUUAUGUUGUGAAUGAGAUCGUAAGGUAAUGGUUUAAUAGAAGAUGAAAAUUUAUUAAUAAACCAACAGCUGAAGCUUCCCAAAUACAAUACCAUCCUAGGACCAUGAAGCAUCAACCACCCAAAACAGAGAGGGCAGAAAUUCCUGAAGCUAAACCAAAAUAAAACUACUGGUAGUAGAACAGAAAGUAUGAGACUACCCCUGUUUGGAACCCUUCUGAAAAAUCCCAAAAACCUUGUAUAAUGAUGUAGAAGGCCCUUCAGGAAAUCUGAUUUAGUUAACAUGAAUUUGUCUGCACAUUCUCUCCCCUUUCCUUUAAAUCUUCUUCUGGCAGAAUCUUACACAGCAGCUCCAAGACUUAUAAAAUCUCAAGCAUGGACAAAUUCCACCAAGGUCUAUGGAUACUAAGGCAAAUAGGCAUGGUAGAAGAGUGACUCUUCUAGAUAAUUCGACCAUCAGGCUGAAAAGAAUAACAUGUCCAAACUUCCUAAAUCAUUUUCCAAGACAGCCUUCGUCAACAAACCCAAAACCUAAUAUUACUCUGGGAAACCAUAACGCAGCCAGUAGGAAAAAAACUGUUGCAAAAGCACAGCUGCCCCUCACAGUUCCAGAUACUAGAAUUAUGGAGCAAUGAAUCCAUAAGAUUUCCAUGCUUCCAGCCCACCACCGCUUCAAUUCAAGCUAAAAUCAAGCUACAAAAACUUCCAUUCUCCAUGAUAGGACCAUUAGGACUUUCUACCCAGAAAACAGGCCAUCACCUCACUACAACCCAAUCAUUUCAUAUCAAAUUUGGAAAAUUCCUUCAGACUACUCUGCGUCAACCUUUUUUUUUUGGGGGGGG